GAAGAGAGAGAAAAUAAGAAGAAGUUGGAAACGGGUAAGGUAAAAAUACCAACAAGAGGAGCAGUACCCAUAGAAACAACAAACGGAGACAACAACAACAACAACAAUGGAAAUGAAGAGAAAGAAGAAGAAAGGUAGGCCAUCUUUAUCAGAUCUUUCCAAAAGGGAAAUUUCUGUUAUUCGCCGUUCUUCUCGCCGGAACCCUAAUUCAAAUUCGAAUUCUCCGCCACCGGAAUUUGACGACGAUGAGGAUGAAAGGAAAGAGAAGAAAGUCAAGCUCGUUGUUCGUUUGCCCCAAUCGAAUAAUAAUCAACAACAUUUGGAUAAUUCUUCUUCCAAUUCAGAUUCUGAUUCCGAACCUGAAGAAGGCGAAGCCUCUGUUAUUAACACAAGUAAAAUCAGCUCCGUUGAUCUUAGAUCUAACGACGUCGUUUCUGAUCAGGAAGAGAAGCUUUUGAUAGCGACGGACACUGGACAUGGAUCGCCAUUGGUGUCCGGCCCCACAACCCCUUUGCCAGACAAAAAGUUGUUGGUGUUCAUUCUGGACAGGCUUCAAAAGAAGGAUACUUAUGGUGUAUUCUCUGAGCCAGUUGAUCCAAAUGAGCUACCUGAUUAUCAUGAGAUUAUUGAGCAUCCAAUGGAUUUCGGAACCGUGAGGAAGAAACUUGAUGGAGGACUCUACUCAAACCUGGAAGAGUUGGAGGUUGAUGUUUUCUUGAUAUGCUCAAAUGCAAUGCAGUAUAAUGCCCCAGAUACUGUUUACCAUCGGCAGGCAAGAACCAUUCAAGAGCUGGCAAGAAGAGAUUUCGAAAACUUGAGGCAUGAAGGAGAGGAUGGCGAGCCUAAGGUAGUUCGUAGAGGUCGUCCUCCAGGCAAAAACCUAAAGAAGUCGGUUGAAAAUUCACCUCUAGAUCGUGUUUUCACUGAGAUUUCUUCGGGUGCUACUCUUGCUAGUGGGGAUGACAAAGCUAUUGGAUCUAAUUCUUAUAACCUAAGAAAGGGGCCUAUGCCUUCAAAGUUUCAUUCCUCUGAUGCAUUCUUGGCUCAUCGCUCGCGUAAUGGCGAAAGUUAUUCUGAAACUGAUUGGAAUACUGAGUUUCCAGCUAAUAUCUUGAGGGCUGACAUGAAGUAUGGAAAGAAACAUUUUUCUAUUGAUGAGAACAGGCGGGACACAUACCAGCAAUUCCAUCCUUCAGCUACUUGUAGUGAACCAUCUCUCUUGUCGAAUAUUGACGGAGAUAUGAAACGGUUAACGGCUGUUGGUAUUCACUUCGAGCAGCAUGCUUAUGCGAGAAGCCUUGCUAGAUUUGCUGCAAAUCUCGGGCCUGUUGUUUGGAAAGUGGCUUCUAAGAAGUUGGAUCAUAUUUUGCCUGCUGGAGUAAAGUUUGGUCCUGGAUGGGUGGGAGAUGGUGGAGGUCCAAUAGAGCCAUCGACUUCUUCAGCUGAGAUCCAGAAAUCAUUGUUAGAUAGCUCGGCAGCUGAUCACCAUUCUAGUAGACCCGUUACACCGUCACCUCCUGGAUUAAGUUCUGCUGUAAUGUGCAAGCCUUCUGCCGAAAUCUUUGAAGCUGUCAAGAGAUUGAAUAGUCAAAAUGAGCCAACCAGACAGGGUUCUGGUGAUGGGGGAUUUUCGUGGGCAAAUCCUGUGUCUACCUCCUGCCCAGCUCCGCAGAAAGCUCUCCUUCAGCCAAGAAAUGGUUUCAAUGGCAUGUUUGGGCAUGAGCCGUCGCAGCAGGCGGAGUUGUCAAGGUUUUCCAUGUGUAAAGGACAGUCAGGCCUACAAGAGGCAUCUAGGCCUAAUCAAGUGCUUGGAACGCUUCCUGUAAGAGAUAAUCCAUCUUUUCAUCCUGCACUUUCUAACCAUGUCACUUCAGCAGAAAACAAGUUGUUAGAAAGCUGGGCAACAUUGUAUUCUGGAAAUUCAUUACCACAAGGUAAAAAUCCUGAAUUUUGUACAGAACAGAAUGGGAGGGUUUCCGGUGAAUCAUGGCCUGCAUCUUCGGGUCAGCAGUGGAGCAAAAUGUCAGUUCCCCCUGACCUGAAUGUAAUAGUUCAGCCUCCGGGCUCCCCUAGCGCUAGUUUGCAAAUCGGUCCCUCACAGCAGCCAGAUUUAGCGUUACAACUCUAAUUUUUGUUAAGCCCUGUUGGUUGUGAACCAGAAAACACAGGUCGCUACGAUUGACAGUGACCUGGAAUGAGGGCUUCAUUGUAUUAGGAACUUCAGGAAAAAGUUUGUACAGAUUAUGUUUCCAAUUUUUUAGAGUAAAGCUAGGAAAUUUCUGAUGUAAGAUUUGAAAUUUUGAAACCAUGAUCCAAGAUAGAACAAGUGGAAUAGUGUGGGGGUAGUUCUCCAACUGUCGAAUAGAUUCUACAAUUGAGAUAACACUAAAACUCCAUUCCAUGGGGGCUGCUCGCUCCUUGGACAGACAUUAGUCCUUGUACAUUUUUAAUUUGUUCAUAAAGGAAACAAGUUUUCUUUUUUCUUUUUC